CCUGCAGUAAAAUGGAAUUCUACCAGGACUCCAUUGUGCAGCACUGGUAUGGGCACUGAUGACUCCGAUACUAAAGUGAAGCGGUGCCUAAAUCAAUAAGGGAAGAUGACAUGAAUGAUGACAAGAAAAGGGGAAGUCUUAGGACUCACUAUGAGAGUUAGACUGAAGGUUCAGGUCUAGAUCAUCAAUUCAGAAAGAAAAAUCCAAAUCCAAGACUGAGAACAUGGCACAUGUAGAUACGAUUGGAUGUGUGUAACAAAAUGAGUGAUUGCAGUGGCUAUCAGCCUGUAAAGCGCUGGCUGGUGGUGCCCAGAAUUAAAUAUUGUGAGAACCCAGCUGUAACAAGCCUGACCCUGGGGGUACGGAGACAGAGUCUGCAGGAAGUUCUCCAACUUGUAUGAAGAAAGGCCCAGAGCAGACACCAGGCAUGGCUGACCCUAUGGCAGUCAGAGUGGGAGCAGUUUCCCCCUUCGGAGGCCUUGGGUCCUCACUGACCGAACUGAAGAGCAGUGCGCAUGAGCAGACAGAGGAAAUAUGAUGACUGCCCUCCAGGCAACAGCUAAAACAGAUGGUAAAUGCUGUGCUGUGGCAGAGGUGGUUUCACCGACGAACAUGAAAUGACUUAAAAUCAACUCUGAAGCUGAGCUCACAGACUGCCUUCUAUUCUAAACUACUAGAGUGCAGCGUGACACCAGGCACCAGUCCCAUAUUCUGAGUAAAUGUGAGGAGGGUAAAUCCAAAGGUCUGACUUUACGGGCCAAUCCAGACCUGAAUAGCAGCUAAACGCACAAUAACUGCACCUAACUUUCAAAGCUGCUGAGUACCUGCAACUUCCUUUAACUUUGAAUCCUGAAAUCCCAACCUCUGUGUCAUGGUGGAAAUCAUGUGGCACCUGACAGGCUACUGGACCUCUCUGACCAUCCUGCUAGUUUUAUGUCUGUUCCUAAGGCCACCUGGAUCACAUGCUUCAGUCAGUUACAAGCCCAACAUUGUACUGAUACUGGCCGAUGAUCUUGGUAUUGGAGAUGUAGGCUGCUAUGGAAAUGAUACUAUAAGGACCCCUAAUAUUGACCAUCUGGCAAAGGAAGGAGUGAAACUUAUUCAGCACAUUGCUGCAGCUCCACUGUGCACCCCAAGCAGAGCAGCUUUCCUGACUGGCAGAUACCCCAUCAGAUCAGGUAUGGAUGCCACUAAUGACUAUCGUGUUAUUCAGUGGGCUGGGGCCUCAGGAGGGCUCCCUCCAAAUGAAACCACUUUUGCCAAGAUACUACAGCAGCAAGGCUACAUCACAGGACUAAUAGGGAAGUGGCAUCAAGGUGUGAACUGUGAAUCCCGCAACGACUACUGUCAUCACCCUUUAAACCAUGGGUUUGAUUAUUUUUAUGGCAUGCCGUUUAGUCUAAUGAAUGACUGUCAAAUAACACAACCUCCAGAGAAGGACAGAGUCUUGAGAACCAAACUCUGGCUUUACUCUCAGACAAUUGGCCUUGCUGUACUCACACUUGCAAUAGCAAGACUUACUGGCUUGGUCUCAGUCACCUGGAAAAUAAUCACCUGCUUUGCUUGGUUUGGUUUUUUGUUCUUUGCAUCCUGGUUCUCGAGUUAUGGAUUCAUAAGAUAUUGGGACUGCAUUAUGAUGAGAAGCCAUGAAAUUACUGAACAGCCAAUGGUGGUAGAAAGAACUACAUCCCUUAUACUGAGAGAGGCCAUUUCUUUUAUUGAAAGAAACAAGCAUGGGCCGUUCCUCCUCUUUGUUUCCUUUCUACAUGUCCACACACCCCUCAUCACCACGGAGUUGUUUCUUGGGAAGAGCAGGUAUGGCUUAUAUGGAGAUAAUGUAGAGGAGAUGGACUGGAUGGUGGGCAGGGUCCUGGAUGCUAUUGAUAAGAAAGGUUUGAAAAAUACCACACUCACAUACUUUUCCUCUGACCAUGGUGGGUUCUUGGAAGCUCAAGGAGGAAAAGACCAAUUAGGUGGCUGGAAUGGAAUAUACAAAGGUGGAAAAGGCAUGGGAGGCUGGGAAGGAGGAAUCCGUGUGCCAGGGAUAUUUAGAUGGCCCGGAGUGUUACCUGCAGACACAGUUAUUGAUGAACCUACAAGUCUUAUGGACAUUUACCCUACGGUGGCUUACCUGGCUGGAGGGAUAGUGCCUCAGGACAGAGUGAUCGAUGGCCGGAACCUGAUGCCUUUACUGCAGGGGUCCAUUCAGCACUCAGAGCAUGAGUUCCUGUUUCACUACUGUGGCAUGUAUUUACAUGCAGUAAGGUGGCACCAAAAAGACAGUGGUGCACUGUGGAAGGCUCAUUAUGUGACUCCAAUAUUCCAGCCAGAGGGUGCUGGAGCGUGUUAUGGAAGAGGAAUUUGCCCAUGUUUUGGGGAAGGUGUAACCCAUCAUGACCCUCCUUUACUCUUUGAUCUCUCCAGAGACCCGUCUGAGGCCAAACCUCUAUCACCUGCCACUGAGCCCCUGUUUGACACAGUAAUAAGCAGAAUAGCAAGAGCUGUUCAGGAGCAUCGCCAGACGCUGACUCCAGUCCCACAACAGCUCUCAUUAUACAACAUUAUGUGGAAGCCCUGGCUGCAGCCGUGCUGUGGGACAUUCCCGUUUUGCUGGUGUGAUAAAGAAGGUGACAGUGCACACCCUGCUCUGUAAAGAAAAUAUAUUGAAGGUUAACUGUGUGAAAAGCUUUAAAAUCAAGUGCUUUUUUUGAGCAAAUGGAUUCUCUUUUUGUUGAUUUAGGAUUACACAGUUGGCUAGCUGUAUGAAAAAUAGGGUUUAGUGAAGGCCAUUUCAUGAAACAAGAUUUCAGUCUACAUGGACCAAAUUAAUAUGUUCCAGUAUGGCAAGUCUUAGGAGUAUCUAUCCACUGCUGAAGAUAUAGCUCAGAUACAUUGCAGUGUGCCAAAAUUAAAGAUGCUGUAUUAACCAUAACUUUGAAUCUCUUGAAAUUUGUGGAUAUAAUUUCACUAGCUCAGCAUCAUUUUUA